GUCACAGUCAACUCCGAUUCCUUUUCCUUCGUUUGUCUCAAUCAAAACAAGCAAUUCAGCAUUUUUCCAAGAGCUGAAACCUGUAAUGAAUCACAUUAAACUCUGAUCUUUUCUUUUUCAUUUGUUUUCAUGAUUUUGGAAUAAUUUAUUUGUUUUCCUUCUUUAUUUUGUUUGAUGGAAGAAUUGAAUGUGCAUUGAGCUUGAUGAUUUUGCUUUGAUUUCUUAUAGAUAGUGUAUAUGCUGUUAAUUUGGUUUGUUGAAGUGAAAUAGGGUUUUGGAUCAUUACAUUUGGUGAUACUGAGAUUAGUUUCUGUGUAAUUUCAAGUGUAUGAUGAUAGAUUUGGUUUCAGUGAAGUUGUAGGUUUAGAAAUUCGUUUAUUGGGGAGAGAAUGGAUUUGCAUUUGAAGGGUUUGUUUGAUAGGUAUCAGGAACAGUUUGGGUGUGGACCUGGACUUGGUCCUGGAUCUGGGACAUGUUUGAUGAAAGUGGAUGGCAUUGCUCCCAAUUUCAUCAGAUCUAUAUACAAAGCUUCUGCAGCUUUGUAUAGAACUGAGCCGUGGAAAAGGUUGCGUCCGGUGCACUAUUUUGGGGUUCGGGUUGGAAGGGAUUCAGAUUGGAAUGCUAAGAAACAGCCUUUUCCGUGUGUUCAGUUCAUUGGAGGUGAUGGAGGAGAUGUUGGUUUCUAUAUGUAUAGAUCAGAGAGUGAUGCUAAGAAAAUGACUGGGGUUAGAGAGACUGUCCGUGUUCCGAAUGUUGAGGUUCUGAGGGUUACUUAUGAGGUGGAGUCUUUGAUGUUUCCUUUGAACCGCAGGAUGAUUAAGUCAUUGUCGCUUGAAGCGUCGGGGAGUGAACGAUUUCCUGUUAUUGAUAUUGCUCGGUGCACGGUCGCUGGUGCUCUUCAGUUUAGAAAUCCGACUCUUGAUGAGCUUAGGUUUGUUUAUGCAUUCAUGAAGGCCAUUUGUAUGGUUCACCCUUUACUUCUGGUGGCAGACAGGGAAGGUGGUUCGAAGUAUUCAACAAUGGUGAACUUUGAACCUUUUAUAGAAACAGUUGAUGUUCAGUGGCCACCGGAAGUAACUAAGGGAGGUUAUGACCUUGUUGCUGUUACUGUCUCACAUCCACCUGGUCGGGCAUAUGAUGAAAAAUCUAGUAGUGUGAGUGCUGGUUCGACGCCAACUAAAUAUGUAGAACCGCCCAUGGAGGACACUUUCAUCGAUACAAAUGCAUACUCGAGUACUGGUUUGAGACAGUGUGCAAUGUGCGAGAGAGAAGUGUUCGGAGAACAGUCAAUUUGCUGUGGCCGAUGUAGAACGGUAGUUUAUUGCGGUUCAAUUUGCCAGAAGCAACACUGGAAUGAGACACACAAAAGCUUGUGUGGACUUUACAGAGCGAUGAUGGAAAGGGAAGAAGAACUAGCCAUAAAUAUUUUCUUGUUCCCAUGUUCUGCUGACCAACCUUGCAAGUGGCUUGAAUCGUUAGAUAUUCACCAGAAGGGUAUGUGGAGGAGAAAAUGCAGUUGUUAUUCUCACUGCUCAUUUGGUCUCCUUCCAUUGAAAGGUGGCCUGCACGAACAAUGGGGUGAACUCGAUGAAUUUGAAUAUCCUCAAGACACUUCCUUCAAUAACAAUUUCACCCCAAGCCUGUUACUUCUCUCGGGUUGGUCGGAGUACUACAACCUUCGCUCACUUCCAUUGUCAAGUCCUGUUGCCGAUAUACUCUCGCAUCCGUUGACUGUGUAUCACAUACUAACCACUCUUAAUGUAGGUUCAAAGAACCUUUUAUUGAAAGGGAAGGAAGUGAUUAUUCAUUACCUUGGACCCGAAGGCGAGUUAGAUUGGAUGCCAGCAUUUGCAGAAGUGGGUCAUUUACUUAAUGGAAUGGGAAAUGUACAAAUAGUGAUGGUAGGACCAGAAGUUCCAGCAAAUUUAUCAGGUACAACAUCAGGAAUAGGAAGCAGAGUAAGAGUGAAUCUUGUGAGAGGUGUUUAUCAGGUGGAAGCCUCAUACCUACCUUCUCCACAUGUUGUUAUUGCUCUAAACUCAAAAUUAGAAAAUUAUUCUAGUUGGGGUGGAGCACUUGAUUUAAUUAAAUCAAUCAGUGUGCCUGCUUUCUUUACUGAUCAAUCUGAAGCUUCGUGUGUAAAUGCUAAACAAGUCCUUCGUAAUGCUGGACUUCACAUCACACAUCCAGUGACACCGAAUCCUUUUCGUUCGCCUGUGAAAAAUCUCACGCCUUCUAGCAAUCUUCCUUCAUACAGUAACGGUUUUGUGUUUGGUGUUAACACCUGAAUGCUGUCGCUCCUAGAAACUCUGAAAAUGAGUGUUCGUCAAGCUUGCUGCAAACUUCAAAUCUUCUCAGUUGUCAUGUGGUUAAGUGAAACAUAAAGACUACUAAACUACGGAAGUCCUUUUAUGUUGUGUUGAUUAUGAAUUUUUCUUAGUAUUAAUAUCUGAAUAAUGGAUCCUAAGAUUAUAUACACAAUUAUGUAACCUUCACUCCAGUUUGAGUUUGGUGAGUUCUUUCAUCUGUCCUCUGUCAAUUGUAACAAUGAAGCUUAUUCUUCUCAUUUUUCAUUGAA